CAUUCUGAUUUUUUUUUUCUUCCCUUGGUGCAGUAUGGGUGGUAAAAUUCCACCUGCUCCACAAAAAGCAAAAUCAGAAGAAAGAAUCAAGGAGGAAAAAACUGAAAGUAAGAAACCAGAGGAACCCCCAAAGCUAGAAGAGCUAGAAAGUGAGGAAAGUGACGUAGAGAUUGAUAAUGAAGGAGUGAUUGAAGCAGAUACUGAUUCCCCUCAGGAAAUGGGAGAUGAAAAUGCAGAGGUAACAGAUGAGAUGAUAGAUCAGGCUAAUGAAAAGAAGGUGGCAGCCAUUGAUGCCCUCAAUAAUGGUAACCUGGAGUCAGCCAUUGAAUUAUUCACAGAGGCCAUCAAACUAAACCCCCGUUUGGCUAUUUUGUAUGCUAAGAGAGCCAGUAUCUUUAUAAAACUGCAGAAGCCUAAUGCUGCUAUUAGAGAUUGUGACAGAGCUAUUGAAAUAAACCCAGACUCCGCCCAGCCCUACAAAUGGCGAGGCAAAGCCCACAGACUCCUUGGCCACUGGGAGGAGUCCGCCCGGGAUCUUGCCAUGGCUUGUAAACUGGACUAUGAUGAAGAUGCUAGUGCUAUGCUGAAGGAAGUCCAGCCGAGGGCCCAGAAGAUUGCUGAACAUCGGCGAAAAUAUGAAAGAAAACGCGAGGAGCGAGAGAUUAAAGAAAGGAUAGAGAGGGUGAAGAAGGCUCGGGAGGAACAUGAGCGAGCCCAAAGGGAGGAAGAGGCCCGGCGAACUUCAGGAGCCCAUUUUGGCUCUUUUCCAGGAGGUUUUCCUGGAGGCAUGCCUGGGAACUUUGGAGGCAUGCCUGGCAUGGGAGGGGCCAUGCCCGGGAUGGCAGGAAUGCCGGGCCUCAAUGAGAUUCUUAGUGACCCGGAAGUGCUUGCAGCCAUGCAGGACCCAGAGGUGAUGGUGGCGUUUCAGGAUGUGGCUCAGAACCCCGCAAACAUGUCCAAAUAUCAGAGCAACCCAAAGGUUAUGAAUCUCAUCACCAAAUUGUCAGCCAAAUUUGGAGGUCAAGCAUAAAUGCCCUUUUAACAAAUAAAGCCCUUACUGACGGAGAAACAACCCAGAUCACUUAAUGGACCUCGCAAUAACACAAACCAAAUGUACCUCUGACCUUCUGGUGAAGAAAGCUGGGGUGCUUGGAAGAUAACUCCCCACCCCGUCCCCCUCCCUGCCCCCAGUGCAACAGGAGCAUUUUACAGAGAUCGGGUAGCCAUUAGUCUAGCAGAUUAUGUUGUCCCACUCUGAAUCACAAGCUUAAGAAACAUAGAAGCAUUUUCCCCAAACUUUAACAUUACUUAAAGGAGAAAGGGAAAGUAGUGUUGAAAUUAUUUUCUUUUUACUCAUCUUUUUGACUUUCCCUUGGACUUGAUUAGCUUUUAGGGUGAGAAAGAAGAGACUUCUAUUCAAGAUUUCUUAUCCAGUCAUGGUGGAAAAUUGGUCUCAUCAGAGAGAGGCGAACAUUCCUCAUUUAACUAUGUAAAAUUUGAAAUGGAUUCGUGCUUCUUGAUGUAUUUUGAUUUUGCUUUUUCCUUUAAAUUCUGAUGUGCUUUUGAAAAACCGCUUAUUUUGACGGCAGAACCAACUGCGGGACCACCAGUGACAUAGUAAAUUCUUGGGCAGAGCCUGGAGCUGCCUGCCUUGAGGGCUACUGCAGUUUGUCCAGUGUUUUCUUCCCUGCACACGCAUUAGAAAGUUGGGGCAUUGUGGGUAAGAACCGAACCACCAAGCCAUGCAUUGUGUUGUGGGCAUACUUUUGGGGAAUGCUUCUGUGAAACUGAUCCACCACCCUGUAACUUUGGCCCCUCUGUUGUCCAGUCUGUCUCUGUAAUAGUGUGUGUUUCUGUUUAGGGAAAGGGAGGAGGAGGCUCCUUUUCUUUCUUCUUGGAUGUGACCUUUCCCCAACAGCAGACACCUGGCUCGGCUCUCUUUUGGGUCUGUGUUUCCAGUUGUUUCCAGUGUCUCUUUCCCCCUCAUUUAAUUAGGCUAAAAAUGGCCCUUGUCCAGUCGAUAUUUCUGAAGGCCGCCAUUCAAACUCCUCUACCAUUGCUGAAUGCUUGGUUUAAUGUAAAAUGCCACACUUACUGUUUCUAUGUAGGCUAAUGCCCUUCACUUCUCCUUUGGCCAAGAGACUUCAUUUUGAUUCUCUGCGACCUUAAGGACCCCAACAUGCUUACUUUUUUUUAACUAAACCAUGGAGGGAAGAAGACGUCCCUGGUUUUUUUUCUUUUACUUGGGAAAUAACCCUUGAAAAUGACAUUUGCAUUAAUCUUUCCAUUUUGGGGAAGGAGGGCAUGAGGAUUAGUGGAUAUGUAAACGUGUAGGUGAACUUGGCUAUGUGAUCCAAUAUUAAAAAUGUGAUUUAUCACUAGAUUAGCUUUGUGAUUAUUUUUGCAUUGUAGGAUUGUUUCUUUUAUGACAUCUCAUUGAUGCUUUCUGUAGGGAGCUGUUGCUACAGUUAACACCUCUGUAUUCCUUUCCUUAAUUGGCUUCAGUAACUAAGUCAGGCACCGCACAGAAAACCGCUCUGGCUCCAGCUCCGGCUCCGGUUUUGCCCACCGUGCAUGAGGCCUCCCAUCUAAAGACAUUCUGAAGGGCAGCUUGUUCUUGGGAUGUUGCCUGUGCGACUAACUGAAAUAGGCAAACUAACGAGUGUGGAAUAUAUACCCUUAUUAGAAGUCAUUGGUAGGUGGGCGACACUUUGCCCAAGUAACGGGGCAGCAAGAGAACGAAGGGUGCCCCAAGGUGGGGACCUUGGGGUCAGGGAGCAGAGUGCGCUGUUGUUUUAACACCUUUCUUACAUUCCCCGCAGAGUGACACCACAAACCCUCCUGGAGUCGCAGCCUUUUCACUUGGUUUAGUAAACCUUGAUGUUUAAGCUGCACAAAAAGCUUGUCACAACUGAUUCUGGGUAAGCCAUUUGGAGCUUAGGAAAAUGGCCUGGGUUCAGUGUUAGGCCUACUUGAUUAGCAAAUACAAAGCUUAUUCUCCAUUGAUUUAGGAAUGCAACUUAAUAGCCAAGCCUGACUUUUUUUUAUCCCUUGUACUAACAACCCUACAAGAAAGAAAGAAAAAUGUGAAGGGAGGGUUUUUGGUUUUCAGGUUUUUUUUUUGUUUGUUUUUGCUGAAAAGUAGAAGUUAUUGGAUAUUUCUAGUCACCUUCACUAAUAAAAGUGUGGUUUUCAAACUGGAA